AAACUUCUAGAUGGUUUCGUAGUGAAACUUCAAAACCCUUUACAACUUUCGGAACUUAUAAAGGUUCUGUAUGAAAGUUCCGAAACUAUUUUCAUGCCACGGGACUUAAAAUCGUUUCGUAAAAUAGUACCAAACCUUCAAAGUUCGGUAAAACACUUCUUUUUUUACAGUGUGCAUGGAUCGGACUGUGUGCAACAUGAUAUUAAUGAAACAGUUGCACUUAUUGCUGAUAUUUAUACAAUAACAAAAAUAAAAGUUAGAAAAAAAAAGAUUUUAAAGAAAACAACAAUCAUCUAAUUAAACAAAAUAUGCAUUAGGUGCUCAAUUAUACGUUGAUCUUGUAAAAUAUCUUGUUGUAUAAUUUGCAAAAAGCGGAAAAAUAUAUUCAAAGGUGAUUGUUUGUUUUCUUCCAUGCCUUUAUAAUCCUCCAACGUCUGUUGAACAAAUGUUUGGAUUUUCUAUUAUUAUAUGAAUGUUAAAAACUUAUGUUUGUUUUCAGAGUAAAGGAUUUUAUUGACUCUAUCAAUCUUAUUCAAUUUUUUUCAUGAUUAAUAAUCGAUUCAUUAACUCAUGCAAAUAUUUUAAGACAUCUAGAGAAAAAUAUGCCAUGAGUUUAUCAUUCAUUUAUUAUGAUGAAUUAAAAGUAUUUUUAACUUUUUAAUUUAACUAAAUUUCUUUAUAUAUAUUUUCUUAUAUACUAAAGUUGUGGACAUGGUAUUGUGCAUAUUUCCUUGAUCGAUUAUUCUUUUUCUUAAUACUGUAAAUAAAAGUCAUUGAAUAUCGGAUUUUGUAAGCAAGAAAUAAAAAAGUCUUCUAUCCAAUAACGUUUUUUUUUCUUGAGUAUAAUCACGAGUGAUUGAUCGUCAUUUUUUAAACUCAAAAAAUAAAGAAGCAAAUAUUUUUUAUGACGAACUCUUUUUGAUGAUAUUUCUACUGCACCUGAUUGAAGAUCACCUGUAGUAUUUGAAAAUAAGCAGUAUUCAUAUUAUUGAUUGUUUUUAAAUUAAUUAUACAAAUUUCUUAUGGAACUGUACGAAGUCAAUUAGUUGAGAAGCAUUUAUUAUUAUUGUCGAAACAGUUGAGAUAAUGCUUAGACAACGUUCAGUUUGUGUUCUGGAGCUUUAAUUUACUAAUUUAACAGUCUCAAUUGACGUGUAAAAUGAUGCGUGAGAGAGUUGCACUGCAAAACAUAAGUGAAAAUGUGUUGCAGAGAAGUAAAAUCGCGAUUGAAAAGGGAACACACUAUCAAGUGUGAUAUAUUUGUUUAUUCAUUUUUUAUGAGUUCUAUAUGAACAUGGUGUGUUCAUGUACAUGUAUUUUGUUUUAAAGUAUAAGUAUGACGAGUAUAAUAGCCGAUUAUUGAUCAUCGCUGCCAGUGAAGAUGUUAGAGUCAUAGCGUUUAUUCUUGAAAGAUGAAAAAUGAUGAAUACAAUCCAACAAUGUUUAUUUUUUAUUUAAAUUUGAGAUAGACCACGCAGUGGUCAUGACUGAACACAUAUAAAUACUGUAACUUGCGCACAAAGAGAAUCUUAUAUUCUGUUCUCUUACAUCUUUCAUAGAAGCACUUAAAUAAAAAUUUAAUAUGUAAUUUUCUCAAAGACUCAGGGAGCUAAGUAAAAAAGAAACAUCUGUCUUAUGUUCAACUCCCAUAAAGACUGAACAAAGCAAGACUGAUAGCUUGCCAUCAUUUUCUCCGUGCACUUUUAUCUGAAUAUAGAUGAAGCUAAUGAAAUUGUUAAAAUGAGUUCAUCAAUUGAUUUAAAAGAGACAGCCGAUGCAAGUACGUGGGGCCAUGUAUGUUUUGGUGAAACACGUGCUUGUACAGCAUUAGUGGCAUCUACCAAUCAUGCCUCUUCGCUGGUGCGAGGUAAACCAGGCCGUGCUGGACAAGGAAAUCCUGAUCCGAUGGUUCUCAUGGGGUAUAAGGCAGGUGAACCAGUGUAUCGUACAACAACUGCACUGGCCAACGCCUUGGAAGGGGAGCAUCCUGGUUCGUAUCAGCUACAUGAACCUGCUUUAUUUCCCGAUGUGCUGAUAGUCGAGUGCGGACUGACGCAAGCAGAUAUUACAGUUCGCACAGAAGUAAACAUUUUCAUAUAA